AUGUCUUCUUCCGUCUACCGCCGUCUUAACGGACUCUUCCCCGCCACAACCAGCACCUCCUCCUUGCCAAAAACUCCGAAGACCAAGAAUCCCUUACCCAAAACUCCGAAGACCAAAAAUCUCUUAGACAUCGUCGAGAAUUUCAAGAAGUCGUCCGACUCCGAGCACUUCCGCAACCGCGCCUCCAGCUACAAAGCCACCGUACGCCGCCUCUUCAAUGCUGGAAAGUUGUCUUACAUCGAAGACAUCCUCGAGCACCAAAAAAGGUACAAGAAUAUCACCAAUGAGCGCUUCACUGUACGAAUAAUGUCUCUGUAUGGGAAGUACGGCAUGUUCGAGCAUGCCCACAAGUUGUUCGACGAAAUGCCGCACUUGAAAUGCGACCGCACAGUCGUGUCGUUCAAUGCCCUCCUCGGAGCUUAUGUCAAUUCGAAAAAUUUCGAUAAGAUUGGCCAGCUUUUUCGUGAGUUGCCGGAGAAGUUGUCGAUUCAGCCGGACACCGUUUCGUAUAACACGGUUGUUAAAGCUUUUUGCCAGAUGGGCUCGUUUGAUGCUGCGCGUUCUGUGAUAGAAGAGAUGGAGAAGAAUGGGAUUGGGCCUGAUUUGAUCACAUUCAAUACGCUUUUGGAUGCAUUUUGUAGGAAUAAUCGGAUUUCUGAUACUGAGAAGGUAUUGGCACAAAUGGAAGAAAAGAAUGUUGUUCCCAAUGCGAGAAGUUACAAUCCAAAGUUGCGUGGGUUGGUUGCUGAUAAUAGAAUUUCUGAAGCUGUUGAGGUGUUCGAAGAAAUGAGGAGGAAGGGAGUGAAACCAGAUAUUUAUAGCUUUAAUGCUCUGAUUAAAGGAUUUUGGGUUAGUAAGAAUUUGGAAGAAGCUAAGAGGUGGUACUGCGAAAUAGCAAAAAAUGAUUGUGCCCCUGAUCGGGCAACAAUCACGAUGCUUUUAUUCCUUGCUUGCGACGAGGGUGAUUUUGAUUUUGCUCUUGAGUUGUGCAAGGAGGCCUUUCAUCAGCGUUUUCUUGUUAAAUCGGCAAAACUGCAGUGUGUGGUAGAUGGACUGGCUAAAGAGUCAGAAAAAAAGAAAAAAAAGCUUGACGAAGCAAAAGAGCUUUUGGAGUUAGGGAAGUCAAAUUACAAACUAAAAGUGCCAGCAGAUACAAAAGAGCAGUCUUACUCAUUCUCUGUUCUUGUUUGA